UUGGAUUUUCCUAGAUCUUAGAAGAUUUAUUUGAUUUCUCUGUAAUAUGAUGUCAAUCCAGUGGGCUUACAAAAAGACUAGUAGAAGCUUGCUUAUUAUUUCACAUAUUUGAUGAUCGAAAAGGCUAUUUGUGAAUGGAGAUGAACUCCAGAUGUUGUAGUUGAGGCUUUGGGAUGAACAAGAAACAUCAAAGAAUGGUCUCUUUGUCCUAUUUUCUGCUUCUGCUGCUGGUCUUCUUCUGCUUUUGGGACCUGUGUCACUCAGCCUCAAACACCAUGAUUCCAAACCAAUCAAUCAUAGAUGGAGAAACGCUUACUUCCUCAGGAGAUAAGUUUGUUCUUGGAUUCUUCAGUCCAGGUACUUCCAAGAAUCGCUAUAUUGGAAUCUGGUACAAGCACCUUCCAGAACGUACAGUCAUAUGGGUUGCCAAUAGGCAAAACCCACUUGCAGGCUCGACCGGAGUUUUUACUCUUAGAAAUGACAGCAAUCUUGUGAUUUCAGACCAAAGACAGAACAUUCUCUGGUCGACAAACUUGUCCAUGUCAUCAGGAAAUUUAACUGCAAGGCUUCUCGAUUCUGGUAACUUCAUCAUAAUGGAAGGAGACCCUAACAAUCCACAUUUUCGGAUUCUAUGGCAGAGUUUCGAUCAUCCAUCCGAUACUUUUUUGCCUGGCAUGAAGAUUGGAGUGAAUCUAAGCACAGGACAUAAUUGGUUUCUCAGCUCUUGGAAAAAUAUUGAAGACCCAGCCUUAGGACUUUUCACAUUUGGAGUCGACACGAAAGCAAUGAAUCAGUUCUUCAUAUGGCCUAAAACCACUGGGCACCCACUUAUGUUGGUCAAUAUCCCCGAGGAUAAGAAUUAUUUUCCCUACAUAGUUAAAACAGAGGAAGCAGUUUACUUGGAAUUUUCUUCUUUGAAAAUGUCAAGGCUUGUGAUGGAAACUUCAGGCCAGCUGAAGUUGUUCACAUGGUUGGAUACAAGUCAGCAGUGGAGCAUACUUUGGUCACAGCCAACGGAACAGUGCGGUGUUUAUGCUGCCUGUGGGGCUUACAGUAUAUGCAACGUCUACAAAUUGCCAACAUGUACGUGCUUACCAGGGUUCUGGCCCACAUCAAUCCGGGACUGGGAUUUGGGUGAUCAUUCACCAGGGUGCCAGAGAAAGAUGGCUUUGCAAUGUGGAUCACAGGACAGCUUCCAGCAUGUGGAAAAUGUAAACAUGACAAGAUCCACAUUGUGGUUAGGGUCUUCAAGUGCAGAGGACUGUAAAGCUGAAUGCCUAAAAAGCUGCCAUUGUAGUGCUUAUGCCUAUGUUGAUGUGGGUGGUGGUAACUUCUCUUGUUUCCUUUGGUCUGGUGAUUUGGUUGAUAUUCGAGACAACAGCAGCAUAGGUGAAGAACUGUAUGUACGUAUCGCAGGAUCCAACUCCCGGGGUUCUACACGUGAGAGGCGAUGGUUUCCUGUCAUUGCUAUAGUGGUCUUUGUCACGGGAAUUUUAGUUUCGGGCAUCUCAAGGAGGUGGAUAAUUGAGAGAAAAGGUUCAUUAGGAGCUAGUUUGUCCACUGCAAAACUAAUACUGGAUGCAGCUAAUUUUAAAGAAGAUGAAAACGAAGUCAUUGAAAUACCACUUUUGAGUUUUGAAUUCAUAGAAGAUGUAACCAGUAACUUCACAGAAUCAAAUAAGCUGGGAGAAGGAGGGUUUGGGCCUGUAUACAAGGGUAAUUUGCCUGGAGGGCAAGAAAUAGCAGUGAAGAGGUUAGCUAAGACAUCUCAACAAGGAUUUGAAGAAUUCAAGAAUGAGGUUAUGCUAAUUGCCAAGUUACAACACAGGAAUCUUGUUAAGCUUUUAGGUUACUGCACUCAUGGAGAUGAAAAGAUGCUAAUCUAUGAAUACAUGCCUAACAAGAGCUUGGACUCUUUUCUUUUUGAUCAAAUUAGAAGCUCUUUACUGAAUUGGGAAAAGCGCUUUAACAUCAUCUUGGGCAUUGCUAGAGGGCUUCUCUAUCUACACCAGGACUCUAGAUUGAGGAUCAUUCACAGGGAUUUGAAAACUAGCAACAUUCUCCUGGAUGAAGAGAUGAACCCCAAAAUAUCAGAUUUUGGUAUGGCAAGGAUUUUCGGUGGAGACCAGACUCAAGCAAAUACAAGAAGGGUAGUUGGUACAUAUGGUUAUAUGUCUCCAGAGUAUGCAUUAGAUGGACUCUUUUCGGUGAAAUCUGAUGUCUACAGCUUUGGUAUUAUAGUACUUGAGAUCAUUAGUGGGAAGAAGAAUACUGGCUUUUAUGACUCCGAACACUUUUUGAGCCUUCCAAGUCAUGCUUGGAGAUUGUGGAAAGAAGGCAAUGGAUUGGAAUUAAUGGACCCAUCAUUAAGAGAAACAUGCAAUUCCGCUGAGGUGUUGAAAUGCAUCCAUGUUGGCCUCUUAUGUGUACAGGAAGAUGCCAUAGAACGACCCAUCAUGGCAUCAGUUCUUGUGAUGCUAGCUAGUGAAAUUGCAACUCUUCCAAGUCCUAAACUACCGCCCAGCUUCAUAAAGAGAAGUCUUUCCAGCAUUGAGUCAUCCUCUUGUGGACCAAUAAGUUGCUCCUUAAAUGAGGUAACGGAUUCUUUGGUAGAAGGUCGAUAAGGGUGUGCCUCAUGCAAAUGCUUCCUAAUGUGUAUGCGCAGAACUGUGUUUGGGUUUCCUGAAUCAAGAACCAUUCAACCAAGCCAUUGAAUUUGAUA